AUUCUGAAUACCCUUCAUAUUGGCAUCCCUUGUUGGAAGAUAGAGAAAUAGAUUGACAAAUUUUCAGAACAAAUUCUUGGCACUGAAGCUAGAUUAAAGGUAAUCCUGAUUGCCGGACUCGUCGAUCUGAGGAAACAGGGAUUUCAUGUCAGGCUUUACCCCCAAGAAUAUCAAGAUGACAUUCUCUGGCACACAGGACAAGUGCAAGGCUUGUGACAAGACCGUUCAUUUCAUUGACCUCCUUACCGUGGAUAGCAUUCCCUACCACAAGUCCUGCUUCAAAUGUAGCCAUUGCAAAGGCACCCUUUCGAUGUGCAGCUACUCCUCCAUGGAUGGAGUUCUUUACUGCAAGACCCAUUUUGAGCAGCUUUUCAAGGAAACAGGCACCUUCAACAAAAACUUCCCCACAUGUGCCAAGGCAAACAAUGAGCAGUCUAAGGUACCAAACAAGUUAUCUUCUGUGUUCUGUGGAACUCAGGACAAGUGUGCUGCCUGCAAGAAGACUGUGUACCCAUUGGAGAAGAUGACCUUGGAGGGCGAGCCCUACCACAAGACCUGCUUCAAGUGCGCCCACGGCGGCUGCCUCCUGACGACCGCCUCCUACGCGUCCCUCAACGGGAUCCUGUACUGCCAGCACCACUUCUGGCAGCUGUUCAAGGAGACGGGCAGCUACGACAACUUGCUCAAGCCUGCCGCCUCGGCCAAGAACAACGACGAACCGGAGGCCACCAAGGAAGAGGUGUCGCUGGAGGAGCAGGCGCCGGAAGCCGUAGCGGAUCAGGAGCACUCUUAAGAAGAACUUACACGUGAACAGUUACAUGAACCUACACGUUGAUGUUCCCCAGUCCCCAUGUUGCUGUUACUCUUGUGUAUUGCUGUUGCUGUCCAUCUUUUUUUGUUUCAUCUCAUCGAGACACGCAGUGAUGGUACACGUCUUUUCGUCUUGGCUAUUGCAAUCCUGGAUUCUGUA